AUGCAAAACCCUUAUGAAUCAAUCUUUAAAUACAGGUGGGUGAUGGCGUCCACAUUGGCAUUUCUGACAGCUGUGGGUUCUCCUACCUCACUUUUUCGGCAUUGGACUGUGGUGAUUGUCAUAUUGUCACUCCUUUCAACUGACAACCCCGGAUUCUUUGUUGCCAAUGCAGAGCCAACUUUUGUGUUGCAUGGCCUAUCAGCUCCGCCUGCCGGUCUCGUGCCAGAUCCAAACUCUCCUAAUGCCAGUGCAAUUGCUCCGAUCACAGUUAAGAUGUUAGGCAAUGUUUCUUUCGAUUCAAAUCCGCUAGUCACUGUACUUUUGAAAAAUUUUCAGAACGUCGAAGAAACCAAGGCACUUUUAACAAUUUUUUCAUCUAACGAUUCAGCUUUCAAUAAUUUUGUAAUCGAAAUCUCAAAUCCGCCCCAUUUAGCGCGCCGAUCUCUUGUAGAAACGAUAAUCUACUCAUUCUUGGCUGUUACCGUCACAAACCUCUGCGCAUUGACCGGUUUCUUUUGCAUUCCCAUCAAACGUUCAAGGCAUUUCCCCACACUGCUCAAUUUCAUGAUGGCUCUGGCAGUCGGGGCACUCUUCUGCACGGCUGUUCUCGUUCUCAUUCCCGAAUGGAGUAUAGCAUCAGACAAUGACAAAUCAUUGGAUGGAACGGAAAUCGGGGAUACGAAGAAUUGGGAUGAAAACUCCAAUGCUCCAAAGUCGGAUUUUCCUCAGAUCUCAGGAGAAAGCGCUGAAGUACUGCGUGACGAUGAUUUGGGUUCCAUUGACAGCGUCUACAUGUCGCAAAAGUCUGUGAUUGCGUCGCGUCGGCGCUGCAACUUCCACUUUAGUCGCGAAAAGUUUUCCAAAAUCGCCCCAGUCGCAUGGAUGAUCCUUUUCGGUGAUGCUUUUCACAACUUCAUGGAUGGCAUGACCAUUGGAGUGGGUUUUACGGAGAGUCCAACGAUAGGUAUCGCUCUAACUCUUAGCAUCAUCUUUGAAGAACUGCCCACUGAGCUCGGUGACUUCGCAAUCCUCGUCUCCUCCGGAUUUUCCAUCAAGUCGGCCGUUUGCGCCAACUUCUUAUCUGCCUGCACCACCUACCUUGGAGUGAUUCUCGGUCUGCUUAUCGGUGAGGUGUCCACCGGAGCGCUCUACGUCUUCGCUAUCACCGCGGGCUUCUUCCUCUACAUCAGUCUUGCCGACAUGACGCCGAACAUUCGGGAGGCUUUGGAGGAGCUGGAGAAUAAGAAUAGAAAUUCCUUUUACCUCUUCCUCGUUCAACUGGGCGGUCUGAUCGCAGGGUUCGGGUGCGUCGUGGGUAUCACCCUAGUCAGUGACUUGAUCACAUUGUAG